AUGGAAGCCUUCAACUUUGCGACAUCACUCGACCUGACGGGGUUGACGGUGCAUGUGCGAAUAGACCGUUUGGACGGGAACCAGAAGCAAAUCCCAUAUUCAGUGUUACUGAAACGACCUGAUCUUAGGCAUAGGGCCUCCAACAUCAACCCCCACUUCGAGCUGUACGUGACAGCACAGAUAUGGGCUGACAGCAAGCCUCUCACCGUUCCUGUCCAGACCGCCUACAAGUCGUUCAAGAACGCGCGGAUAUGGAAUGAGUGGCUCGAGCUGCCGGUUACUUAUGCAAACCUCCCAGCUUCGGCGCAACUCGCAAUCACAUUGUGGGACCUGUCACCUCUCGAAGCUACCGACUCGAACAUGCAUGCGGUGCCUUUCGGCGGCACCACCAUUCCGCUGUUCGACAAGGACAACACACUGCAGAAGGGCCGGCAGCGAUGUCGAAUACACCGCCAUAGAGCAGCAGAUGGUCUGUCCAACACUACAACACCAUCAGUAAUUCCGCCAGCCCGGAAGAGCCGAAAGGCUCCUGCAGUAGAGGACGCAGUAGAUGAGCAGAUCGCCGAGAUGCAGAGGCUGGAAGAAUUGCUAAAGAAGCAGGAGAUGGGUGAUCUGCCGACGAACGCAUGGCUUGAUAAUCUCGUUUACAAGAGGAUGAUGAAGAUCCGCAGUGAUGCGCUGAAGGCUGAAGCAGCUGCACUCAACCGUCAGAAGAACUCAAGCGGCAGCAGCGAAAGUGAUGAGGACCUCGAGUUGUUCUACCUUGAUAUUGAGUUCCCGCGAUUUGAUCACGCCAUCGUUUUUACAGACGUCGAGUAUCCGCCACCGCCUGUUUCUGAUCUUCGACUGCCUGCAGAGUCAGAUGUUCGAUUGCGCCCGCCGCCCGAAGUCUCGUUUGGUCCUGGCAUCGACGUCGAUGGCAUCGGCUAUGGAGAUGCUGAUGCUGGUAGACUUAUCAAGAUCUACGACCCAGAAAUUGGACGGAGAGUCAACCCGGCUGAAGACAAGCACCGUGAGUUGAUGCGCAGUCAGCAGACAGACUCGCUGGACCGCGACAGGAAGCCUAAUGUGCACGUCCGUGACAAGCUAAACCUGCUGAUGGGCAAGGGCCCGCUCGAGGAGAUUACAUCUCACGAACGAGACGAUAUCUGGAAGUUCAGGUAUUUCUUGCUACGUGAUAAACGUGCCUUGACCAAGUUCGUCAAGUGUGUCAACUGGAAGAGCCCCAGGGAAGCACGCCAGGCAGCCCCUCUUCUUGAAAAAUGGGCUGAGAUUGAUGUGGACGACGCACUCGAGCUGCUUGGUCCUCACUUCGAUCACCCAGUCGUGCGAAGUUAUGCCGUUGAGCGUCUUAAGAAGGCUGACGAUGAAGAGCUGCAGUUGUACCUCCUGCAGCUGGUUCAAGCUCUGAAGUACGAAGCCCCUGGAGAAGGAGACGAUUCUUCUCUCGCACGCUUCCUCGUUACUCGUGCAGCAAGUAGUUUCGCCCUAGGCAACUUCUUCCACUGGUACCUGAUGGUCGAAAUAAGUGAUUUCAGCACCGACCAAGAGCCCGAACAUCGCGAUUUAUUUGCCAAGGUCGAAUACGACUUCAUGGUAGAACUCGAGAAGACGCCCGAAGGCGUUGAAACCCGCAACACCUUUCGUCGCCAAGGCGAGCUCCUAACUGUUCUCGCUAAGAUCUCGAAAGAUGUACGCUUCGGUGGCGGCGAUCGCCCGACUAAGCUUGCACGCCUCAAGAAAGCUCUUGCGGACCCGAAAAACGAACUUACGAAUUUUGACCCGCUCCCACUUCCGCUCGAUCCUUCUGUCUACAUUACCGGUAUUGAUCCCGAGAACUGCAACGUACUGAAGUCCUCUUUACUACCCAUAGUCCUCAAUUUUCGCACCACACUCUCUCAGAAGUAUCCGAUCAUAUUCAAGUACGGUGACGAUCUACGUCAGGAUCAACUCGUGAUCCAAAUCAUCACAUUGAUGGAUCGUCUGCUGCGUAAGGAAAAUCUCGAUCUGAAACUCACGCCCUACCGCAUCCUCGCCACCUCGACUUCCGCAGGUGCUUUCCAGUUUGUACCAUCUAUGAGCAUCGCUGCCGCAUGCCAGAAACACAAAGGCUCGUUGCUCGCAUAUCUGCGCGCCAACAAUCCUGAUUCACAUGCUGAUCUUGGCGUCAAGAAGGAGGCUAUGGAUACCUACAUCAAGUCAUGCGCCGGAUACUGCGUCAUUACAUAUUUGUUAGGUGUAGGAGACCGGCAUCUGGAUAACUUGCUCAUCGCGCCUAACGGCGCGUUCUUCCACGUUGACUUUGGGUACAUACUCGGCCGAGAUCCGAAGCCCUUCGCCCCCCAGAUGAAACUGUGCCGUGAGAUGAUUGAGGGCAUGGGCGGUGCAACCCAUCCCAACUACCUCUCCUUCAAGGAGUAUGCCUUUACGGCGUGGAGCACGCUCAGGAAAAGCUCAAACUUGCUUCUCAAUCUGUUUGCACUCAUGCAGGGCGCAAAUAUUCCAGACAUCAAGGUCGAGAGAGAGGGCAGUGUACGCAAGGUCCAGGAAAGAAUGUGGAUGGGGAAGAGCGAAGGGGAGGCUGCAGAGAUGUUCGAGAGACUUGUGGAAGAAAGCAUGGGAGAUUGGAAAGCGGGAGUCAUUGACUGGGCACACGAGUUUGUGCAGACUUAUUGGCGCAAGUGA